AUGGCGACCGUCCAACAAUCAUCUCAAGUCAGUGAAUUUUAUCUUGCAUGCCGAAAUGAUGAUGUGGAUACGCUAAAAAAAUAUCUGUUGACUUUCAAAGGAACAAUUGAUGAUCUGAAUCCUUUGGAACCCAGUGUCAAUAGUACACCAUUACAUGCUGCCUCGUUUUAUGGUCACAAAGAUAUUGUUCGAAUACUGCUAGAACAUGGAUGUGAUCGAUCGAAAGUAAAUGCCUAUGGUUUGACGGCAUAUGAAGAGGCUGCUAAUGAUGAAAUUCGACAACUAUUUAAACGAUGUUAUGCUCCCAAUUGUAGUCAACGUUUUCAGGAAGAAUCUACAGAAGAUUGUUUCGACUUUGUUAAACGACCCAAACAAAUUAAGAAAGAAAACCCGAUUCCAGCUGCAAAGUCGCAUUUUAAAACACCAAAGCACCAGCCACUUCAAACUUUCAGAACAAAGACUGAGAAAAAACUUGAAAUCGGUUAUGCUACAACAUCGAUAACUAUGUGCCAAUCACGAUUUGGAAGAUUUAUUACUAAUAAAUUGAGAAGCGAUGCACCCAUGUCUCUGGAAACCAUGAGUAAUCGACUUCAAGAUAUACUUGACCGAGAACUCAUAGCUAACCAAGAUCCAGAAUCAUCUAAAGCCAAUCAACUGUUAAAGAACUUUUCAAUCGAUAAUCCUACUGAACGUACUAAACAUCUCAUACGUUUGUACACAUUGGAAACAAGAUUUUAUCGUUUCCUACGGCAAAAUCCAAUGCCAUUGGCUUUACCUUUGUAUAUAGAAUUACAAAAUUUGAAAGAUAGAUUCUUCCAAGGACAGUCAUAUCGUGGUGCAAGAAUGACUGAUGACGAAAUUGUAACGUAUGAAUCAGCUGCUCGUAAUCAGGGAAGUUUUUUGCAGUCUAAAAUUUUUUCAUCAACUUCUCUACUACGUUCGACUGCCGAAGAUUUCGCAGAUGCAGCUAAUAAAGCGUCGGACAAUAUUCGAAAAAAUCGUGUUCUAUUCAUAUUCGAUUUUCCUCAACCAUGUGAUCAAGCAAUCAAUUUAAGUCGAAUAUCGGAUUCACAACCUUGUCUAUCAGAAUUCGAAGAUGAGGCAGAAGUUUUAAUAUUACCAUGGGCAUUAUUUCAAGUUGAAGGUGUUCACAAAGAAUCACCUACGUCUUACACAAUCAAUUUAACGAAUGUUAUAUUACCUCACAAUAAUCUUUUCUCGUCAUUCAAGUGGAUAUUGAAACAUCCUAAAGGCUCCAUCAAUCGGCUUAAUGAACAUUUUCCAGAGAGAAAACCAGAGUUUACGGUAAAUCAGCUUAAGUAUGCUGGUUCCAUGUUCGAUCCACCCUAUGGGGAAGAAUAG